AUGAUACGGGUGCUGCCCAACAAACUCAAAGCAACAAGUUCACCCUUGCCUUUCUCUGCCUGGUGCAUGGAUGUCAUUGGACCAAUUGAGCCCGCUACUUCAAACAGACACAGGUUCAUUUUGGUGGCUAUAUAUUACUUCACAAAAUGGGUAGAAGCCGCUUCCUAUAAAGCUGUGACUAAGAAGGUCGUAGCAGAUUUCGUUCGAGAUCGUAUUGUUUGUCGAUUCGGAGUACCUGAGUCAAUCAUUAUCGACAACGCCUCCAAUCUCAACAGCUAUCUGAUGAAAGCCAUGUGUGAAACAAUCAAGAUCAAGCACCGGAAUUCUACAGCAUACAGGCUACAGAUGAAUGGAGCCUUCGUACGUAAACUAGGGAAACCCCUAUUCCUGGUCGAUGGUACCGAAGCUGUUAUACGCGCCGAGGUAGAGAUUCCUUCCUUGAGGAUCAUACAGGAAGUCGAGCUCGACGAUGCGGAAUGGAUACGGAGCCGGUAUGAGCAACUGGAUCUCAUUGACGGCAAGAGGAUGAAUGCAGUGUGUCACGGUCAACUCUACUAG